AAUAGCAACUCGCAUGCGGACCGUGCUGGUGCUCUGUGGCUAACUUCCGUGACAUCAACUGGACUAAACGUCCACACGUCGGUGAGCAGAGUUAAUAGCCGCAGUCUGCUGUCUUAUUUACGGAGCCUCUCUUUGAACUGCCACGGCGGAACUCGUCAUAACAGCCACUGGGAGGACUCUGCGUGUGUUCAUCCGAAAACAUCAUGAGUCUACGAGAGAUCAGUGAGAACGUGAAGUUGGCCCGUGAAUAUGCCUUGCUGGGAAACUACAGCUCGGCCAGUGUUCUCUAUCAUGGAUUACUAGAACAAAUCAAGAAGUAUGUGUACACCGUGCGGGACACCAGUUUUCAGCAGAGAUGGCAGCAGUUGUGGCAAGAAAUCAGCGAAGAGAAUCGACAAGUUCAGGACAUAAUGUCGACCCUGGAGAACUUUCAACUGGACACGACGCCUGCAAAACCCAGUAACCAUGACGACUGUGAAAUAAGGCCUGUGCAUGUGGAGCCUAGACACUCUCCUUGUCCUGUCAGGCGACCAGCUAACCCCUAUAAAGACAGCAAACCUCCAAACAACAGGCUGAGCGCGGCUGUGAGGGCCCAGCAGAGGCACUCGCCUCGCGGGGCCAACGGGGACAGAAGCAAACCGACCAAGGGCAAAGAAAAGAAGGAGACAAAAGAGGUGAAGGAGGCCGCUGGCAAAGCAAAGGAUGACAAGAACAAAGUGGAUGUCCAGGAAAAAGAAGUGAAAAAGUUUGACGGGACAGGAUAUGAUAAAGACCUCGUGGAAGCUCUGGAGAGAGAUAUCAUAUCUCAGAAUCCAAAUGUUAAAUGGGAUAACAUUGCAGACUUGGAAGAUGCUAAAAAACUCCUUAAAGAAGCGGUUGUGUUGCCGAUGUGGAUGCCAGCAUUUUUCAAAGGCAUACGAAGACCAUGGAAGGGAGUGCUUAUGGUGGGACCUCCAGGCACGGGGAAAACACUUUUGGCUAAAGCAGUUGCUACCGAGUGCAGAACCACAUUCUUCAACGUCUCCUCAUCCACUCUCACCUCCAAGUACAGAGGGGAGUCUGAGAAGCUGGUGCGCCUUCUCUUUGAAAUGGCACGCUUUUACGCUCCCACUACCAUCUUCAUUGAUGAAAUUGACUCCAUGUGCAGCCGCAGAGGGACUUCGGAGGAACAUGAGGCCAGCCGGAGAGUCAAAGCAGAGCUACUGGUGCAGAUGGAUGGUGUCGGUGGAGCAUCAGAAAACGAUGAUCCAUCAAAGAUGGUGAUGGUGCUGGCAGCCACCAACUUCCCAUGGGACAUCGACGAGGCUCUGAGAAGACGGCUGGAGAAGAGGAUCUACAUCCCUCUGCCUUCAACCAAAGGGCGUGUGGAGCUGCUCAGGAUCAACUUAAAGGAGCUCGAGCUCGCCGGCGAUGUGGACUUGGACAAGAUCGCAGAGCAGCUGGAGGGUUACUCAGGAGCCGACAUUACCAACGUGUGCAGGGAUGCCUCUCUGAUGGCCAUGAGGCGCAGAAUCGAGGGCCUCACGCCAGAGGAGAUCCGCAACAUCUCCCGGGACGAGAUGCACAUGCCCACCACCAUGGAGGACUUUGAGUCAGCUCUGAAGAAAGUGUCCAAAUCUGUGUCUGCGGCCGACCUCGAGAAGUAUGAAAAGUGGAUCGAAGAGUUUGGGUCCUGCUGAAAAACGCAGGUCGCUUGUGGUUGAACGUUUAAUCAUCGUGAGACUGAGUUUGCGAUGAGUUUGAGUGUUGACUGUGUGUGUCAGGUUGUUUCUUGUGUAUUUUUUAUGAAUCAUACAGGUGAUACUGAAGAGUAGGUUCAUCCUGACACUAAACACUUGAAAAAUGGCACCUCUGUCUAUUGUACAUUAUGUUAAUAUGAUGCAAAAGUCUUAAUCUUAAGAGGUGACUUGAGUCAACUUGACGAGUGAAAGUAGGUAUUUCUUGCAAAUUAUGACAUUUGCUUCUCAUUGAAAUGAUGCUGAAAUGAUCAGGUUCAACAUGGAAGACAAAUCCAACUGUAACUGUGAGGACAAAUCUGUGGACGCAAAGUCUCCCGCAACACACUGACAAUAGAGAUCAUUUCAAGAUGUUUUACUGCGACGUCACUUUGUUCCAUCAGAAUCUGACCGUGAUAUACUUCGUUAAGUGCCAAUCAGAUGUUACUCCUGUUCUGUUUUAUCUUUUUUAUUUAAUGCACUUGAUAUUUUGAAUUGUUUGAUCCUUUCAUAUUUGUGGAAAUGUAAAUUCUUAUGAACAUAACACUUACAAGAUAUUU